CGGUUACUCUUUUAUUUAUUUAUUUACAACGACGUCGCAGAGUGGUGAGCCCAACACAUUAAAAAGCCGAAUCUCUCAUUCUCUAUUUCUCUCUCUCUCACAGACCCGCCACAAGCAACAACAGAGUGAGCACUACAAUCGCUCUGUUCUGCUCUCUCUUCAAACCGAACAAACCAAACCCUAAACCGCGACACGUGUUGUUGUAACUCUGAACAAAACAAAUAUGGCUUCAUCAAUCUUUCAAGUUCAACACACGUCGUCGUCGUCAUCAACCAUCAUUCCUUUUCAUCCUUCUUCUCGCAGCAGGAACGGCGCCUCUCAUGCUCUAAAUGCUCGAACAUUAGGUUUUGUUGACCUUCCCCGCACUCGAAUCGUCGCGUAUAAUUCUGUGAAAUGUGAUAUGACCGGACCGUCAAAUUUGGUUAACGGGAAACCGAUUGUUCCCGUUAUCAACGAUAAAACGCUGCCUAAGUUCAUGGAAUCUGCAACUACUGACAAAAUCGUUAGUAGAAACGCUAGCAAGCUCAAAUUGUUCUCCGGUACCGCUAAUCCUACUCUCUCCCAGGAAAUUGCGCGGUACAUGGGGCUGGAACUUGGGAAAAUUAACAUAAAGCGGUUUGCUGAUGGUGAGAUCUAUGUUCAGUUACAAGAGAGUGUUAGAGGUUGCAAUGUAUACCUUAUACAGCCGACUAGUCCUCCUGCAAAUGAGAAUGUCAUGGAGCUUCAGAUCAUGAUUGAUGCUUGUCGAAGAGCGUCUGCCAAAAAUAUUACUGCUGUCAUUCCAUAUUUUGGAUAUGCCAGAGCUGAUAGAAAGACACAAGGGCGUGAAUCGAUUGCAGCUAAACUUGUUGCAAACCUUAUUACCAAAGCUGGGGCCGAUCGUGUUCUUGCUUGUGACCUUCAUUCAGGGCAGUCCAUGGGCUACUUUGAUAUUCCUGUGGAUCAUGUACAUUGUCAGCCUGUGAUCCUUGAUUAUCUUGCCAGUAAGACAAUAAGUUCAAAUGACCUGGUUGUUGUUUCCCCUGAUGUUGGUGGCGUUGCAAGAGCACGUGCUUUUGCAAAGAAAUUAUCUGAUGCACCAUUAGCUAUUAUAGACAAAAGGCGUCACGGACACAAUGUAGCUGAGGUGAUGAAUCUGAUUGGUGAUGUAAAAGGAAAAGUUGCUGUAAUGGUGGAUGAUAUGAUUGACACUGCUGGAACCAUUGCCAAGGGUGCAGCACUAUUGCAUGAAGAGGGAGCUAGGGAAGUUUAUGCUUGUUGCACACAUGGUGUUUUCAGUCCUCCUGCAAUUGAGAGGCUGUCCAGUGGCUUAUUUCAAGAGGUGAUAAUUACCAAUACCAUUCCCGUUGCAGAGAAAAACUAUUUCCCUCAGUUAACUAUCCUUACAGUAGCGAACCUGUUGGGUGAAACUAUUUGGCGUAUUCAUGAUGAUAGUUCUGUCAGUAGCAUUUUUCAGUGAACAAUUUAAAUUGCCUUUUGCAGUUAAUGUCAAUGAAUAAAUGUAGUUUAUUAUAGGCCUAUAUCCAAUUUUCAUAUAUAUCAUUUUGGUUUCAAUUUUGAAUGUCA